AUGUAUCCCAACAUCGCCAUUCUUCUUUCUCUCCUUACCUUCAGCAUUGGCACUCGUGGACAGACAACCCCAGCGCCUACCACUUUAUCCACCGCUCUCCCGACGGACUCUGCCGGCCUGUCCAGCUACUUUGCUUCCAUCGUGAGCUCCUUUUCGUCCGAGAUUAGCGCCUACGAAAGCGCUUCUGAAACCCCAACCACUGAUCCCAACGGUCAAGCUUGCAACAGCCUGUUCGAUGUGCUAUUGACCGUUUGCCCGACCAGAGAAAUCGCCACAGCACCAGACAGCUAUGAUUCCAUGUGCUACUGCAGCCUCUCUUCUGCCCUGAAUAGGCCCCUGUACAAAGGAUGGCUGUCUAGCUGUGACGCCUACGAACAGACUGUCCCUACUGAGAACUAUACUGGAACUUACAACACGCGGAUUUCUGCCUCUAGCCCCAGGACCUAUGAUUGUGACGCAAAAGGUGCUGGAGCUACUACCGUGAAUACCGCGGCCGUAGCUUCGGCUUCUGCGGCUACAGGCGCUGGAGUUGCAAACUCUCUCACUGUCGGGGGUAUAAAGCUGCCCCCACAGCUGCUGGCGCACCUGGAGUGGAAGCAGUUCCCGUUCCUUGACACUAGGGCAGCACCAAUUGCUCUCCUAAUGCGGGAUGAUGGAUGCCUAGCCUUGUUCGGAACAUCAACAUCAUCUCCUCUUGUCGACCAUCCCGUUCACCACUUUCCAUCGCCUCACCACCCCAAAGGACUCAAAGAUGACUUCGCCACAAUAGUCUUCCUGCCGCAGGCUGUCAAGUCCAUGCUUUCCGCCAUGGAGCCGCACUGCGAGGAAAUCGCAAGAGUCAGCUACACCAACUUCGCCCUCUCUCUGUUCAUCCUCAUCGGUAUCCUGAUAUCCUACCUCCCGCAACAUAUUCGCAUUAUCCGCCUGCGCUCCUCCUUCGGACUGUCUCCGUACUUCGUCCUGCUCGGCACCACCAGCGGCACCUGCGCAUUUGCGAACAUCCUUGUCCUCCCGAGAUCGCGAGCCGACGUCGCUUGUUGCCGUGAAGUGGAUGGAUUUGCUUGUCUGGCUGGAUUGCUAGGGAUCGCACAGGUGGGCGUGCAGUGGUCCUGUUUCGGAGUCAUCCUACUUUUGUUUCUGAUAUUCUUUCCGCGGAACCAACUCCCUCCCACACCUCUCGAUGAGGACAUCGCAAGCAGCUUCGAGCCCAACCCUCCCGCCUACUCCGCCGCACCAGACGCUGCUCCACCGUCCCCCGUGAAGCAAACCGCACCCCUUGCCCCAUCAUACCGCACGGCUCUCGUCGUUGUGGCAGUCUGCAUUUUGCAUGCCGCGGUGACAGCGAUCCUGUCGUUCUAUUUCAUCUACGCCGCGCCCCUCCAUGCACAAUCAUGGGCCAACUUCCUUGGUAUAUCGUCCGCAGGGCUCGCAAGCAUUCAGUACUUUCCACAAAUAUAUACCACAUUCAAUCUCAAGAGGGUGGGGAGUCUGAGUAUACCGAUGAUGUGCAUCCAGACACCCGGCAGCUUCGUCUGGGCCGCUAGCCUUGCGGCAAGGCUGGGGCCGGAAGGAUGGUCGGCUUGGGGCGUCUACCUCGUGACUGGGUGUUUGCAGGGCACGUUGCUGGUCAUGGGCAGCUAUUUCGAGAUUGUCCGGAGGAGGAAGGAGAAGGAGGAGUUAAAGAGGCGGAUGCAGUACAAUUCUAGUAUCGAGCCUGAAGAAACAGCAGGACAGGAAGCAUCGGAAGAGACGCCAUUGCUUAGGUCAGGUUGA